CAAGUGUGAUUGGACACACAAGGAAUUUGUCUUGGUGCAUGUGCUCUCAGUGUACAUAAAAGAAAAGAUACGUUCAUCAAGGUACAACAUUUACAACACAAUUGAUGAUCAAUAUAUCAAUAUAAAUCAAAAUAUGGAAGUGGAAUCUUCUCUAUUACUCCCCCAGCCACCUCCACUAUGGAGCACCCUCAUCAGGGCCCCAAGCCAACCAUCAGAGCCAGAACCAUUAACGCCCUUCUGGAAGGCCAGAAGGGUGGGUCAGAUCUCACCUCCAGCAGCAAAGUGUUCCAAAGCCCAGAAGUCACAGCAGAAAAGGUUCAAACAGAGUAGAGCUAGAAGGGGCCUUGGAGGUCUUGUUGUUAGUUGCGAAGUCGUGUCCGACCCAUCGCAACCCCAUGGACAACAUUCCUCCAGGCCUUGUAGUCUUGUAGUCCAACCUUAUACCAUUUCAAAUAGGUGGCUCUCCAGUCUUUUCUUAAAAACCUCUGGUGACCCACAACUUCUGAAGGAAAGCUGUUCCACUGGUUAACUGGACUUCCCCUAGACCCUUCCAGCCAAAAUUCCUUUACCAAAGGGGUCCACAGUAUUCCUUUUCUUCUAAAACAGGUGGAAUAAUCCCAUUGGGGCAAGACAGUUCCUCAGAUACUCUGGUCCCAUGUCAUAAAAGGCUUUAAAGGGGAUAAUCAACACCUUGAAUUGGACCCAGAAACAAACCAGCAACUAUAUUCUGACGUUCAAAGAACAGGAUUUUUUAGAAGCAGCACAAAAACUUUAAAAAGGAUAUUGGGCAAUGGGUACUAAGUAACAAUACUACUUAAUUUUUCAAAGAAGUUUUUACUUUCCUCAAGUUUAGCAUCAAAAUAAUGUUGGUAUUUUACUAAGAUCUUAGCAUAGGCACUUUCAAUGUUGAUCAUCCAGGAGGUUGAAGUACAGUUCCUAUGCUGGCCAGUAAGUUAUUAGUGAGGGCUGUCUAAACGCAAUUAUAAAAACAACAGUCCAAAAUCUGCAUUCCUAUAUUGGUUCUUAAAAACACAUUUCUGUCCUGUUCAUGUUGGAGAUACCGUUUAAGGUGCUUCCAGAUUGAUUAUGAUUAACCAGUGACAUCACCAUUGCCCAGGGGAUGCCAAAAAGGCAAGUUAAAUCCAUGAGUUAGCCACUAUGGUACUUACCCUGUUCCUUCUGUUCAAUGGCCAUUAGCCAACCUGAGCCAACUCAACAAGCUAAGAUGGGUUGCUUACACUUGUUAGUAUUCACUAGAGAACACUGAGUAUCCUAGAAAAAGGGCAAUAGCAAACCAUUUCUAUACUAUGUUACUAUCCAGAAAACAAUAUGGAUCUAUCCAGGAGCCUAGCUUGACAUAAGGUACCUUUAAUUUCUAAGUAAAAUAAUGACUUUCUCAGUGAGGUUUAGAACCAAUCUUCUAUAUAUAUGUAAUAGUUAUGUGACAAUGAAGAUGCUGCCUAGAAAAUGAUCAGAUGAGAAGACAGCCCUGGUGAUUUCAUGGUCAGAGGAAGAAAUUUAGGAAGGACUCACUCUAAUUGAUCCGAUGGCUAAAAGUGGUGUCGGGAGAUUUAUACCUUCCAAUUUGCAAGAUUUGUCAACGUAGCCUUACAAUAAAGUAAAAUUAGUUCAUUUAGUCAUGUUUCCUAUCUCAUUUACCUGGGAGUGCUGACAGUUAUGUGCAGCAGGAAGGAGAGACCAUUUCAAAUUAGCCCAAAGUAAAAUGGCAUUCCUCAAAAAAGUAUUACACUGCUGCAACAGGGACUUUUAAGCAGAUAUUUUCUCCCUUCUCCAUGUUUACUAACUAAACUACUUCUCAUCUUUCUUUUUACCUGAUGAGAUCAUCACCCACAAAGCUUGUGCUCUUUCCCCCCAGUUUAAAUGCCUUCCAGAGGGGUUGCUUAGAGAUGCUGGGGCUGAUGGCACAAUCACUCUUAGGAGCACCAGGCUAGUUUCUGCUCUUAAAUCUACUUUAUGCCUUCUUCCUUACCUGUGGGACUGUAAUCAAAGCCCAUGAGCCCGUUGAAGGAUACUAAUGUAGCACAAGACGUCCAUCACAGUAAAGAAACCAGCUAGCAAAUCAAGUCUUUUUAGUUGUGCUCAGCUAACCAAUACAUUCACAUGCACAUCUCUGCAACUUUUCUUUCUUUCUUUCUCUUUCCUUCCUUUCUUUUCUUUCCUUCCUUCCUUUAUACAAUAAUAUUGAGGGAACUUGCCAUCUCCUUCCAGGAUUUUUUAUUUUAUUUUCUUUUAUUUUUCCGGUGUAGCCUAUACUGCUAGCUAGGGUUUCCUGGUGGUCUCUUCUCCAAGCACUAAAGGUAAAGGUAAAGGUUCCCCUCGCACAUACUUGCUAGUCGUUGCCGACUCUAGAGGGUGGUGCUCAUCUCCGUUUCAAAGCCGAAGAGCCAGCGCUGUCCGAAGACGUCUCCGUGGUCAUGUGGCCGGCAUGACUCAACGCCAAAGGUGCACAGAACACUGUUACCUUCCCACCAAGGAUGGUCCCUAUUUUUUCUACUUGCAUUUUUUACGUGCUUUCGAAACUGCUAGGUUGGCAAACCCUCCAAGCACUAACCACACCCUAGUCAGCCAGUACUCUGUACUGUGACUGCUGGCAGUGAAGAAGUGCUUUAAGAUUAAGACUUUCCCGAGUCAAGUGGUGGCUUUGAAUGAAUAAAUUCAUUAGUUCUCUUGGCAGUCAAAUGGUAGCAGUUUACCAUUUCCUGGGAUUUUUUCGCCCCCAAGGUCUCCGUCUAAUAAUCUUAACUCUUCCUCUUGGUCUCCUGCUUAAGCUUCUUGAGCUCAGCCAAAGGCUGCGGGGUACUUGGCUGGAUUAAGUCGUUAAAAAAACGCCCCAUAUUUUGAGCAGAAGUUCAGAAGCCGAAUCCAUCCCACACCUCGCUCCGGCAACGAAAUCCUUCGACCGCUAAGACUAGACCAGACCCGAGCGGGAGGCGGGGAACGAGAGGCGCCCUCCUCAGCGUUGGAGGGGCGGAGCUUCCCUGUUUACCGUUGGAAGGGGCGCCGUGGGGCGCAUGCGUGGCGCUCGCGCUCCUCCGCCCACCUCGGUUGGCAACUUGGGAGCCUCCCGAGUCCUGAAAGGAAAACCGUUGGGCUGAGGCGGUGAGUAAGCGGCUAAUAAUGGUUCUGUAAAUCAAGAAGAAUCCAGUCUGAUCGAAACGAUAGUUUCAUCUUGCAAAGCAUCCUGAUUCUUACCAGCCAAAAUGUUUUAUGGAAUCUUAUGGGCAAGAAAUGAAGGCACGGUUGCUUCAUACAGGAGAUAUGCUGUUGAAUUUUCUUAAAGGAACUAUUUAAAAGCAAUGUAAACUUCGAUAAAUUUUAUGGAUUCUCAUAUGUUUUAAUAAUCAUGAAAAUCAAAUUAGAGGUACUAGCCUCUAAAUGUAUCAAACAGAAGAAGCCAUGGCCUCGAAUCACCUGGCUGGGAGAGACUCAGGACGGCUUACAUUGUGAAAAAGAGGCCGUUUUUCUAUUGGAUGACAAAAACAUACAGGAAAUUAACCUGCUUUCUGGAAAAACAAAAAAGAAGAUUCCCCAAUUACAGACUUUUCUGAAGAAUGUUAUUGUAUUAUCAACCUCAAGAAAUGGAGCUUGGUUGGCAGGAAUGCUUAAAACAGGAGAGCUCUUUCUUUGGAACAAGGACCAAGACAUUAUAAAAACUGUUCCAGCCAUAGAGGAAUCUAAAAAAGUGGCUAUGGCAGUGCAAGAACAUUCCUUGAGGUUAUGCCUGCGUGUUUCCGGCAAAGGAAAUAAAAUACUUCUUGCUACUCCAGAUGUCUGUGUCUUAUUGUGGGAAAGCAUAAAAUCAAACGCAACACCUUCCCAAAUUUCUGCAAUGGGGCAAUGGUCCCAAAUUAUUCCUGAAGCUUCAAUUGUGUUACCAGUCAUCGAAGAGAAGGAAACUGUAGUUAGUGCUGAUUUUAUUGAAAAUGAGAUAUUGGGAGAUUGUUGUUUGGGAUCUUUUGCAUUUUAUUCUGAGGACCAACUGGUGCUGAUAUUUUUGAAGAUCAAAUGGCAGGAGAACAGUUUAAAUAAUGCAAGCUCUGUUCCAUGUCAAAUCCAUUGGGCACAACAAACCUGCUCUCUACUUAAUUUGGCUCCCUCUUGUGAAUCAGUAAAGUCGAGAGGUGCUUUGCUUACUGCAUUCUCACAUGAUGGACUUGUGCUAGCAGUUGCUCUCAAUCAAAAGGAUCUACAGGCAACUCAAAUUCUGUUUAUGAGUACUAAGAAUUUUAUUACUACUUCAGGCAGUCUUAAAGGUUGUGGUAGCAAGAAUCCCAAAAUUCCAUCCAAAUUAAUACGGUCUUACUGGAUUUCUGACAUGAGCUGGACUCCUGAUAGUCUGUUUUUGGUUUGCAUGUUAAAACGUGGAUCUCUGAUCAUAAUGACAUGCUUGGGUGAAUUGAUGACUUUAAUUACUUAUGGCUGCUCUGUAGAAUUUGGACCAGCAGAAUUUAUUCCUCUGCAUCCCUUAAUAACACACAGAUCACAGAACUCUUUCUUGAAUUCACAUGAUUCAUCAGUUUCUGAAGGAGACUUCAUGAGGCAGAGAUUUUCUGUCACAUGUCACUCAAGUUUGCCUUAUCUCAUUGCCUCUGAUGGAUACAUGGUUACCGUUCUUAAAUUUUCCAAUGAGUUUUCACCUUCUACUUAUACAAAAUCGUUGCUACUUGAUUCAGCCCAACGACUGGAAAAGUUGCAUCACAAUUUGAUUUCAUUCAAGUCUGAGGGGAAAAAGCAGCCACUGCAGUCAUUGUCUUCUAUAAGAGCUAACCUCUUACAAUAUGAAAAUCAGCUUUCUACUUUCUCUGGCACUCCAAAGUUUUUACAAGAAGAAGAUGGAGCCAUGGAACUAAUUGAAGAAGUAUCACUAUUCCAGGAAUGCAAUGAAGAAUCCAGUGAUGACAAUUUUUUUCAAAGUAAUUCGUACAUUUUGGGAAGCCAAAAAGCAGAUUUCACUUUAGGUGAUGAAGGCCAGCUGGAAUUCGCAUCGAUGUUUGACACAAUUCAUGCAAUAGAUGGAACAGACCGAAAAAAAGAUGGCCUAUUGUUCGAACUGAACCAUAUUCAAAGGAAUCUCAUCGCUGCUUGGAGAGUGGCUACUUCAAGAAGUAUAAAAGAAAAAGACAUAUUAUUAAAUUUUAACACUCGUUGCAUUGUACACUUUUUUAACAUUCUCCAGCAUGUGAAACUGAAAGAAUUAGAUCAUCCUGUCAAGAAUCAAUCAUGGAUACAAUGUGUCUUAAACUGCUUCCAACAAUUUUUGACUGUCCUCAGUUGGGAAAAUCAAACAAACAGACAAACAUUAGGGCAUUUAAUGAAAUUCACAAUGCAGACCUUAAAACUAAUACUUGCAGAACAACAAGAUCACCUUUUUUCCACUAAUCUUUUGGGAGGUUUCUCAUUGCUGAAGAUGGUUAUUCAUUAUUUAAAUGCCAAAAAAAUACCGCAGUAUGAAAUUAUUCUAGCAGAUCUGAAUGGUAAUAAUAAAGUGGAACUAGAUUCUAUUGAUGUGCCUCUGUUUCAAAGCACGGAUUGGAAUAGUCACCAGAAGCCCUGUGCAUUACAUUUUAUGUUAGCGUGUUCUCUUCCAAUGGCAAACCGAACUGAGAAUCAGGAAAAAAGGUUAACUGUAAUCUGGCGACACUUGUAUAAACAUGUGAUUUGGUAUUGGGCACAACUAAGCAGAAAAGUGAAUAACUCAAACAAAUCAAUGACUGAAAUCCAAAUUGCUCAGGAAAUUCCAGUGACCAAAGCACUUGCAAAUCAUAUACAGGCAAUUUUACAGUCUUCUGGAGAAAGCUUGGAACAGCUUCUGAAUCUCAAGUCUGUGAAUGGUGAGGAAGAAUUUCUGAUAGGAUCGUAUAAAAACUCUGUGGAGGCCUGGGAGAGAGCUUUUCAGGAAACAAAAGCAAAAGGAGGAAAAAGAAUACCCUUUCUUCAAACCCGAUAUUAUCUUGCUAUUUUAUAUUGCCAUCUGUAUCAUUAUAAUAUAAGUGAGGCUCAGGGUCUAUGUGAUCAUCUGGUAUAUGAACUUCUAAAACGAAACCAAAUUUCUGUAAGAAACCGAGAUGCUAUGACAGAUGCUGAAUGGAUAAAAGAUAUUCACACUGAAGCUGCUCUGGCAGUGGUUCAGUCUUUGGCCCGAUUCAUGGCAGCCUACUUCACUAAUGAGCCAAUUUAUAUACUUCCUCCCCACAGUGUUGGUAUCUUACCGCCACUUCAUAUCAAGCCAGACGGGUGCCUUCGUAUUAUUCCUCUGCAAUAUUCCAGAGUCACCGACGCAGUUAGGGAUAAUGGCCUAUCUAGUACUUGGACUGUAGAAUAUACUCUUGAUUUGUUGCUCAUCAGUGGACUAAUUCCAGAAGCAGUGUGGCUAGCCCAGAAACUUGGAGACUGGAAAAUGGCUGUUUCAAUCGGAGUGGCUUAUCAACUAUACAGUCAAAGUAAUAAAAGCUUAGCAAGGUCAGGGAAGUUGGAAUUAUUCCUGCCAUUACACUUGACUCCAACAAACAUUUUUCAAGAAAAGCUACAAUCUUUUUUGGGUCAGCCUGUCAACAGUGAAACAGCAAAUCAAGGAAUCCUUAAUUACAAGCAACUGACAGAUCCUAUUGAAGAAGAAGAUGCAAAUGCCCUUUUUAGUUCAGUAGAACAAAUAUUAAAAGCAGCUGUUAUGGCAGAAGCAGACAUUCUGUCAGAAACCUUUCAGGUUUUGAUGGACUUUGCCAAGGAUCAUAGUAGAAAAUUCUGCGGCUUGGUUCCUAAUGGCUUAUAUCUCCCAGCACCACCUUUAUACUGUCCUCAGCCAACAUUUGAAGAAUAUGCUGAUGUACCAUUAAGAAUAGAGAGAGACUGCAGACAGAGAAUAUCUGGAAUUGUUCAGCGGAUUCUUCUUCUUUUCCGGGCUGCUCAUUGUUCUUUUGCUGCUGCUCAGUGGUAUAUUGCACGGCUGAAACAUACGCGAAGAGUUAUGCAAAAGAUUCACAAAAAAGGUGGUCUUCCUCCUUUAAGUGAUCUUCCAGAAAAUUUGCUCAAGUAUUCCAAAUAUCAAUCUGUAUUCUUAAGGCCUUCUUCUUUUGGAGACCAUAACUUUGAUGCUGUUUCAUGUAAAAUUAUAGGAUGCUUCCGAGAAUUAUGUGUAUUGUGUUGGAUGCUUCAUGUUCGUGAAAGAUUGUCUGAUAGUUGCAGACGGUAUCAAAGGGCAAGAGAGAAUUUGGAAAACCGGAAUGAAUUCAACGGGAUUGAAUUUGAUGCUUGCAUAGUUGAGUACUCGGUCAAUGCUUUGGAGUGGGCUUGCCGAAUUCUUCCUUUUGCUAGAUUCAUGAACAUUGAAGAACUUGUCCAGGAUAUCAUUCUGAGCCUUAUUGGAGAAUUACCACCAAUUAAAAAGGUGGCAGAAAUUUUGGUAAAAGCAUUUCCUAGCCCUGAAGAUGUGAGGGUCUCACUAAGGGAUAAAUACAAUGAUCUAUAUCAACGACUUAGGCACUGCACAGUUAAAGGGCCCAGUAGUGAAGAAAUUAUGUCGGUUGUACUACAGGCUACUUACAAAGUGAAUGUGAAAACCCUGAAACGUGUGAUAAGAAACAUAGGGCCCAUUCAAACAAAUAUCUGGGAGCCACCGGAAGAAGAGAUCCAAGACUCUGGAGGUUCCUGCUACGAUCGGUUUUCUUUGGGGACUACUAUAAGCAGAAGCACAAUUUCAGAUUUCAGAAACUUUCAGCGGUGUAACAGUGCUGAAGCAGCAGAUUCACUUUCUGAGUUUGGGGCGGCAGAAGAAGCAAGAAAAUUGAGGCAAGAAGAUCCCAAUGAUUUACCUUCAUAUAUAGAUGUUUCCAAUCGUAAAGAGUGGACUGAAAAGUUAAAGGACUGCAGUGGGGAAGGAGAUUUUAAAAAAGGGACUCGUAAAGAUCUUCCCAAUCAACUCCAUAUGCCUCUAGUCGGUGAAUGGGAAUUUGAACGUGAUGAUGAUGAAUAUAUUAAAUUUUUAGACCUCUUUGUAACUUACGUGCUUGAAAGAGAUCCACUCAAUCACAGUGAAUCUGCUGUUCCUUUUCUGACCUGCUUCUCAGCCCUCCUUAGGGAACAUGAGCUCCAUUCUCUUCUUUUUGAUGUUCACACAACACUGAUACGUCGACAGGUCAGAACUGAAGUCCAAAAUGUGUUUAGAGCUGGUUCUUGCUACACCCUUGGUUUUGGAUUUAGUGAUUCUAAACUAGCUCCUUUAUGGGAUAAAAAGAAAAAAGAUUGUGAAAAAGAAACUUUAGCCGAUGAGCAACCCUUAGAGCUUUCAGAUUGUGAUUCAGUCAUGAGACUUACUGAAAGAAGAGGUUUAUUUGGGCAAAGCCAGCAAUCAGUCAAUGACUCACAUGAUUCCAGUAAGACCUUAACAUUCACACCAGCGUUAGCUCAAUGUUGGUCCACCCCUAAAACAGCUCUGUUUCAAAAAUACAUCUGUAAAACUGGGCAAGUGAAUGACAUCACCCAACAAGACGAGACAGUCCCAGAAAUGCAUCUUAAAUUUAACAAUAUAUCUCGCUUACUUGAAUGGAUGAUCAGAUGGUCCAGUAAAAGAAUGGUACAAGAUCCUAUCACAACAGGGACACUUCAGGAAUGCCAGCCAAUGAUGCAUGUGAAAAUAAGUUCAUCUGCCAUUCUUUCAUCAUUGUGGAUUUUAGAACGACGUUACGGCAACAAAUUUCAAAACCAAAACUGCGGUUUGAAACCACAGAAACUGUGUGAAAAAUCUUCCACUAUUAUACCCAAACUGGAGAAAGAUGGUGCCGAAGAUACAAAUAGUUCUUCAUCGGAGGGAGCUCCAGGUGAAAUCCAAAAUGGACAUGCAUAUGAUGAACCAUUUAAAAAUAUUCCAAGGUGCGGAACAUUACCUGAAAAGCAAAAUAGGAAGAAAGUAAGUCAUAGGGGUCAUUCUAUAGUACCUGAUAUAGAUACUGGAAGUACAGCUGUUGAUAUCAGUCUGGCAGAAAAAGUGGCAGAGUUUCUACGAAGUGAAAUAGUUGUACCAUCUGAAACCAAAGUCUGUAAUGAAAAUCCAGUUUCAAGAAAUCCUACCAUCUCUAUCAGUAUUAAAUCAGUAGAAAAGAAAAAAGAGUAUCUCUCUGAAUCAAAAGUAGAAUGUCAACAGGAUGAACCUUUAAUGGAAACAUCUGAGGGAAAAUGUACAAAACUGGAUGGCACUACAGCUGAAGUAGUUCCCAGUGAUUUUCCCCUUUCAUUUUGUUCUGAAAAGAGGGUGGAAACAACUAGUGUAGACAUCACUGUUUCAGAUGAUCAGCCUUCUUUCACAGAGGUGUCAGACAUUCCUUCAAAGGAUGCUGGUGUAAAAACAGAGAUGAUCGAUAGAGAAACAACAGCACAAUCACCAAACACUUCAGAGGUUGUCGGGCAAAUGCUACAAGACGAAAUGUUUAAGCUGAUUCAGCUACAGCAGAUUAACUAUCUGAGCCUCAUGCAAAUAGUUGGAUUUGCCAACUUGCCAAAUACAUUACAGCAGAUGCAGCAAUCUCAACCCUUUCCGUUAGGAAGAAACCAGGCUUCAAACACGGAAGCGAAUAAUAUCCAUCUAUCUCCCCCCAUGCAGCCGGCAGGGGGUGUUCAAAAACCUACUGACCAUCAGCAACCAACUCUGGAAAACAAUUGGAAUGUUGGUCAGAAAAAUAACAGUUCUCGGGAAGAAAAGAACUUACCUGAUCAGAACCAGGAUGGAAACAAAAUUAGAUCUGUGCACAUGAAUGAUUCUUCAGCGUUACGAGAGGGUCAGUCUGUUGGUGCAAGAUUGAUACUGCCAUGUCAAAGCUCACCUCGUCUGAAUCCAGCCAGGCCAUUCCCUCUGUUGUCUAUUUCCCUAAAUGCUGAGAAGAAACCAAAGCUUAUUCCAUUGGCAAAACCCUUAAAUAAUGCAGAGGGAUUUCCUUUGCUUAAGCUAAAAACAAGUUAUCAAUUUCAGGCACUCAAUUUCUGCCCGGUAACCCCCUGCAGAUCUUCUGGACCAUCGUCAAGACCAAGAGAAGCCUGGGGCCCCCCAUCUUCUUUGGCACAAAAUCCUCCCAGUUUACAGAUGUCAGAACCCACAAAUGAGACAGGAGCACAUCUAAACUUGAACCGUUAUGAUCAAAACAUUAUAAACCAGGCACAAGAACAGGCAAAGCGUUGGGCAGAACCAGUCAAGAUGGGGAUUUCCAAACAGUUUCCUGUAGAUGAAUAUGGAAAAAAGGAAGAUUCAGCACCGUUACAACCCUUCCAUGAACAUCUGAGGGCAGAAAAACCAUUGGUUGACAAUGAAAUCAAUUCACAUCAAGCAUAUGGGACUUUUACUGAAAUUCCUUUGCUUUAUCUAAAAACCAGCCCACAAUCCAAAUGUUCACCAAGUACAUUUACAACAAAAAUCACAGAUUGCACAGCACCCCUUGGACAGACAGGGUUACCAUUGCUUUAUUCUAAUUUGCCUCCACUAACCAAGUUUCAGAUACCGAAACUCAUUCCCCUUCAAGAUCUGAUUGCAUUUGAACAAAGCCAGCAUUUUGUUCAGUACCCACAGCAUAAAGACCCUCCCAAGCCGAUGCAGUUAUUGAAAGCUAAUAUUAAACUAAAUGAAACAAGACAAGUGAGGAGUAAUAAGAAAAGACAGAAGAGACGUAUUGAAAAUCGGAUCAAGGAGAAGGAAGAAAAAAUGAAAGCUGUUGCGACUAAUCAACAAGAUGAUUCUUCUGUUCUUCCUGAUGCUGUAAAGCCAACAAAGGAAUCCCAAGCUGAAUUAGGCGUUGGCCCAUGUGAUGCCAAUUCAUUACUGACCUCUCACACUGCAAAAUUGAGCUUUACUGACUUCAGCGUGCUUCGGAACAAUGAAUCCAAUACGUAUAUUUCAUCAGCGGCACUACAUUACCUGGCUUCUGUAGGAAAAAAGACUGCAGAUCUGCAGAACGCUAGCACAAAUACAGACACUGUUCUGAAAUCAUCUCAGAAUAUACAAACUGUAUCAGAAGAAUUAAUCGAUGAAUCUGUUGGGAAUCAAUCAGUCAUUUCUGCUUCUGCAUCUGUAACAGAACUGUUGCCUUCUUGCGUUCCUCAGGCUUUGCCGCCAGAGCUGUAUUUCAACUUUAAGUCAGCCAGCGCAACUACAGAGACACCUUUGCCAUCUUCGUCUGAUUUGGCUGAACAGAAAUAUAUCAGUGUAACCGAUAUAGAAUCUGGUGAUCUUCUCAAGAAUUUUCCAGUUAAAUCAGAGCCUGCUGCACCGCCUGUUGUCACGCAACCUGUGAUGUCUGAAUUCCCGGCUUCUACAAAACGGUAUUAUCCAAAAGUCUCAGUUACCAGUGUAUUACCACUGGAUGAAUUUGAGAGACAAGAAAAGAGUCUCGAGAUUGAAUUAGCUCUACUACCACCAAGAAUAACAGAGGAAGAAACUGCUGGGGAUCAUCUUACCUCAAGUCUCCUUCAUGAAGAUUUUUCCAGUAUUUACACAGGACAGUUGGGUCAAAAGAUCAGUAAACAGCAUUUUUCUGGAAAACUACAAGAAAUGGAUAGACAACUAUCGUACUUACAAAAUUUGGCAGAAGAAAUGGAGAAAGAAUAUAGCACUACCAAAUUGUUUGGGGAAACAGCAAAAGAUGUCAGUGUGAUACCUCAGCAAGAAGAAGAUGACAUAUUGUUCUUUGCACCAGGUGUUCAGCUUUGCAAAGCAGAACGUUAUUCAACCCAUAUAAGAGUGGAGAAUUUUACAGAGGAAAAAGACUUCUCAGAAGCAGAAUCAUCCCCAAAGGAUUUCAUUGCCUUAAAAACACCUUCUGUUUCACCUUCAGUAUCAGCUGCUAAUCAUCCCAGGAUCAACAAGUUGUUUUCUGACAUUAGUUUUAAAAUGGAAGAACAAGAUGAGAGAUGUUCAGAAGAUCACCUUCAAAUCACUGGCUUGAGUGAUAUUUUGGACAUCAUUAAUGAUCUUAUAGUGGAGAAUGGUGUUUCUCCUUCAGAGCUGGGCCUUACAGAAAUUCAAGCUAAAAAAAUGGCCAGUCGUUCAAAUAUACCACAUAAAAAGACGAAUAAAGCUGAGGAGGAUAAAAAAGAGUUACAUGCUUGGAUGAAACGAAAACGAAAAGAGAGACUUGCCGAAUAUAUGCAAACACUGUCUGAAAAACGGGCAAAAGAGCACAGUCCAUUCCAUUCGAGAAAGAUGCCCCUUGGACUGUCAACACGAGAGAUUAAAUUACAACAGAAAAAGAAAAAGGAGAAAGAUAAGGUCCUGCUAUCUGAACAUCAUAACUUAAGAGUCAACGAAGCUCUCAGCCUGAUGCAUGACUUGCUGUCUGAAACUGCGCAGCUCCCUUCCAGUAAAUAUAAACCAUCAUCUGGAAGAAAAUCUUCUUAUGAUUUUAAGCAGCCACGUAUCACUUCUGCUGGAGGUUUCCAUGGAAGGAGUAAGCCAUUUGCCAAAGUUGGUUUGGGUCCAGCAAGAUCCCUUUCAAAUCUGUCUUGUGACACCGCUCGGAAAAAGGAUCGACUCUGCCAAACUCCUUACAGAAGAAUGUCACUAGAAGCCCAUCAAGGUGAAGCAUAUGGGAAAAGCAGCAGAAACCAGAGGCAAUGGACGAGUAGCAGGCUGAGAAGCCAUGCUUUUGAUCAGACAAGAGAAUCAGUGAAUGAGAAAAGGUUCUUCACUUCUAGUAUGACAUCUCAGACCACUGAAGAGACUGAUGACAAUACUGUGAGUGGUUGGAGUGUCCCCGAAGAGAUCCAGCAAAUACUGUAUGGUACAUCUAAUGUACAUUUCAAGAAGGAAUCACUUCCAGAAGAUGCUUACUCCAUUGCCAGUCUUAAUAAUAUUGACAGUAUGAGUGAAAGUACCAGCAGCAUCCUUAGCAAGCUGGACUGGAAUGCCAUCGAGGCUAUGGUAGCAAAUGUGGAGGAGAAGUAAAAUUGUAUCUUGCCUAUUCUGGUCUUUAAAAGGACAUUAAGUAGAAUAUGUAAAUGAAUAACUGGUGGUGAAGUUGGAAGAUAAUCAAGCGACAUCACAACAAGAAACAUCAAGGACCAACAUUCAUCUAUUUAGGAAAUUCUGCAUAAUGUUACAGAAAAAUUCAAGAAAAUUUUUAAAAAAUGAUUACCUUCAGAAUAAUUUGAUCGAUGGUGGUGGUGCUGUUCCACAGGAUGGUGUUUUAGGAUUUGUAGAAUAUGUAGAUGUUUAAUAAAUCUGGCAAAUAA